AAGUUGGAGGACAAUCAACCAGAAACACAAGUUGGGUUUUUAUGGUUGUAAGUGAAUGAAGAGAUUUCUGGCUGUGUUAUCUCAUAUCUGCUUCUGAUUUCCCUUUUUAUUUUAGGGUUUUGUUUGUUACCCAUCUUUUCUUUUUCUUUAUCUUAAGCUGUUUGAGGCUUAAAAACUUGAGGCUACUUGUUUUUUCUCAUCUGGGUCUCUAAUGGCGAGGUGGGUCUUAUCUGAAUGUGGUGUUAAACCACUCCCUAGGAUCUAUCCUCUGCCAUCUAGGAAUGGGUUUGCUUCUAAAACUUUUAUGGUUUCUGAGAUUAGGCAGCCAUUGUUGGCCUCUAAAGCUCAUGUUCUUCGCUCUUCUUUGGGCCUUUCAACUAAAGGGAAGAGUUGGGCAUUGAAUGUGAGUACUCCUGUGGCAGUUGCUUCUGUUGAUGAGGAUAAUGAGAGGGAGAGAGUUAAUGAGGUUAAUGGGGUUGAGGAUGAGGGUAGUUUCGACCCGGCUGCUCCUCCGCCGUUUCGGUUGGCUGAUAUUCGUGCUGCCAUUCCAAAGCAUUGUUGGGUUAGGGAUCCUUGGAGAUCAAUGAGUUAUGUUGUGAGGGAUGUGGUGGUGGUAUUUGGCUUGGCUGCUGUUGCUGCUUACUUCAACAAUUGGGUUGUUUGGCCUCUUUACUGGUUUGCUCAAGGAACAAUGUUUUGGGCUCUUUUUGUUCUUGGUCAUGAUUGUGGCCAUGGCAGUUUCUCUAAUGACCCAAAUUUGAAUAGUGUUGUUGGCCAUAUCCUUCAUUCCUCAAUCCUAGUUCCAUAUCAUGGAUGGAGAAUUAGCCACAGAACUCAUCACCAGAACCAUGGUCAUGUCGAAAAUGAUGAAUCGUGGCAUCCUUUGUCUGAGAAAAUUUAUAGGAGUUUGGAUAAAGCAACAAGAACACUAAGGUUCGCUCUGCCGUUCCCCAUGCUUGCAUAUCCUGUCUACUUGUGGAGUAGAAGUCCUGGAAAGAAGGGCUCUCAUUUUGACCCUAACAGUGAUUUGUUUGUACCGAGUGAGCGGAAUGAUAUCAUUACAUCCACUGCUUGUUGGACUGCAAUGCUUGCUCUGCUUGGAUGUCUAUCCGUAGUGAUGGGUCCCCUCCAAAUCAUCAAACUCUACGGUAUUCCUUACAUGAUGUUUGUCAUGUGGCUGGAUGCCGUCACUUACUUGCAUCAUCAUGGUCACGAUGAUAAACUUCCUUGGUAUCGUGGAGAGGAAUGGAGUUACCUAAGAGGAGGAUUAACGACCCUUGAUCGUGAUUACGGAUGGAUCAACAACAUCCAUCAUGACAUUGGAACUCACGUCGUUCACCAUCUCUUCCCUCAAAUCCCACACUAUCACUUAAUAGAAGCAACCGAGGCAACGAAGCCGAUAUUCGGGAAGUAUUAUAGGGAACCAGAGAAAUCUUGGCCUCUCCCAUUUCACUUAUUAGGAGUUCUUGUAAGAAGCCUAAGAAAGGAUCACUUCGUGAGCGAUUCUGGAGAUAUCGUAUAUUAUCAAACAGACCCCGACCUGUCUUGAUCAAAGCAACACAAUUAAGUUAUGUUCAUUGUCUUUCAACUAUUACACAUCCAAAUUCUUUGCGAAUAGCUCGCGAGCCACUCGAGUUUAAAAUAUGAUCAGCUGCCAAAGAAGCCGUUGUUCACAAUGAUAGUAUUCAUGCUUUUAGGGUCUUUAGAGUUGCAUAUUAUUAUAGCCACAUGAAAGAAAAAGUUGGCAUUGUUUUUGCUUGAAGUACGUUUAAUAAACUACUAGUGAACCACAAUGCUAUUAAUUU